GAGGAAACGAACUGCAGCACGCACAUUGCUGGUUCAGGGUUCCCUCGGGGACGUUUUAUAUUGUUUUUAUCAUAUUUUUUUAUCCAAUUUGAUAUCGUGUUUCGUAGAAACUUUUAAAUAUUUUGAUACGCUUUCUUUUUCUAACAGUGAGUUCUGGCGAGGAUUGGCUGUAGCUUGCUAGCUUGCGAACACUGGAUUUUUUUCUUUCCUUCCCUUUUGGCGAAGGCUGCUCAUGAGCCAGCAAAGGCACGGAACAAGGAUAUAACACGUCAGUUUUAAUAAUAACCAAUGCACUGUCUUCCCUGUAAUUAAAAAGCGGUCGUUGCUGCUGCUUUCAAAGCUAUAUUGCAACGUCCAACACAGCAAGCCUCAAGAAAGAAUGACGGCUGUUCAGCUAAUAAAUAUCCAGCGGUUACUGGAAGCAGCAGAAUACAUAGAAAGGAGAGAAAGAGAGUGUGAACAUGGAUAUGCCUCGACGUUUCCAUCAAAUCAGAACACAAACUACCAGAGGCAAAGGAAAUUCCGAAAUAAGAAGUUCAACAGUAACCACAAUAGGUCGACACAUAACGAGCUGGAAAAGAAUAGACGAGCUCACCUGCGGCUGUGUCUGGAGCGGUUGAAGGCCCUCAUACCCCUAGGACCUGACUGCAGCCGUCACACUACCUUGGGCCUGCUCAACAAAGCCAAAGCACACAUAAAGAAACUUGAAGAGGUGGACAGGAAGAGCCAGUACCAGCUGGAGUCUCUGGAGCGCGAGCAGAGGCACCUUCAGCGUCAGCUGGAGUUGCUGAGUGGAGGCAGUGGUGCUGCAGCCCAGAACAGCCCAGGGGAGGGAGAGAGGAUACGCAUGGACAGUGUGGGCUCCACCCUCUGCUCCGACCGCUCUGACUCUGAUCAAGAGGAGAUUGAGGUGGACGUGGAAAGCACGGAGUUCUCCCAUGGAGAGCUGGACAGUGUGAGCACAGCCAGCACCAGCGACCUGGACGACCACAGCAGCCUCCAGAGCAUGGCCAGUGACGAGGGCUACUCCUCCUGCAGCGUCAAACUUGCCUUCUCCUCCUAGAGCCCCGCCCCACCGACGUGACCACCACCACGUUCCUGCCAAACUUGCCCGCCCUCCCAUCUGUUAUAUCCAUCCAGCCAUGCCUAUGAAACACACACAUCCAGUCUCAUCUCCGAUGACUGGCAUGCACCCAGCUAAUAGUGUUCCCCCUUUGCUCCCAGCCUCUUUUUUUUUUUUUUUCUUUUUUUUGCCCCACCCUUCCCCUCCACGCUGCUCAACCCACUUUUGGAGGCGUUCCAGUGAGAGCUCUUUCUCGCCUCUGAACUUUGAACCGCUCCGACCAACGCUGACACCAGGGACCCAGACACAGACUGCCAAUUGGUUCAAAUCUUAUUUUAAAAGGAGGAACAGAGACGUAGACAUCUUGAAGUUUGAAGCCACAACAUAAAAUUAACUGCUGAUUUUUAUCUGCUAUUUCCACACAUCUUUAAAUCCCCAAAUUUGUUUAAAAUUACACAGCCCCAAAUUUGACUAAAAUGCUCUUUAAGUAAUAUAAUUGUCUGUUUGGUUCUGUCUAAUGUGGGUGUUUGUCUAUAUCUUAUUAUUCUGGUGUUGGGCCUGGCUAAAUCUGGACAUUGAGGCUGAACUUCGCCAUAUCUACACAGCUCGUCCCCGCAGCCCUGAAUUUCUUCCUCGUCUUAUCGAGGUUUUUCUUUUCUUUUCAUAUUACCUGUGUUCUACACCACAGAAGCUCUGACACUUGAAUUGGUGCUAUUGUGAAAGAAACCCACCAACCAACCAAUGGGGGAAGCAGAUCAGAUCCACCACUAUGCUUUUAAAGCGAACAAAGCGCAUCUGUCGUGAUUGUUUCCGACCACACACGGAGGAAAACAAGCCACAAAAAUGGAGGGAAAAAAAUAAGAAAACAUUCCUGUCGAAUGUGGGUGCUCAGUGCAUUUUCAAAGAGUGGAAAUUGUAACUUUAUGUGUGUGUGUGUGUGUGUGUGUGCGUGUGUGUGUUUUGUUUUGGUUUCUUUCCCCUCGACAAGCAGCUACUACAAGCUAUCCUGCACUUAUCUACUUUAGAGCUGUCCAUAGAAAUGGCACAAACCAAGAAGGAAGAAACACACACACACAAAAACAACAGCAACAAGGGAAAAUAAAAUCCAAACAACAAGCUUUGGAACAGAUGUCCAACUUCUCUCCAGCAGUAACAAGCAAUAACUCGUGUAGUUUUUUGUUUCAUCAGUUUGAACUCCUUACCGUUUUUUUUUUUUUCUUUCUUUUCUUUUUUCUCCCUCAAAACUCAUGUGACCGUCCACAUUUUUUUUUUUUGUACAUACAGAUAGCUUAAUAAAUAAAACUUUAAAAAUGAGUUCAAAAAAAGUAGUGCUUACAGAUAGAACUAUUGCCUCUGUUGCUGUUUGACCUGUGUUUAUUGUGCAUUUUUAAAUUGAAAGUUUGGAACAAUUUUUACCCGCCCCGAGGAGGUAAAAGGAACGUUAUCCUCGAUAGAAACAGUAGAACGACUUUCCAUCCAGUUGUAAACAGCAAUCCAAAAUGGCAUUUGUUGGAAAAUGCAGACUUUGUUUGGCACUGGUUUUUUUUUUGUUUGUUUGUUUUUUUUAAAUCAAUUAGACAGUUUUUAUUCUCUUUUUUGUGAAUGGCGGUUUAAGUAAAAAGAAAAAAAAAUAUUAUAUGGCAUUCCAAUGGUGGUCAGGUGAUCUGUGGAGGGAAAGUUUGAAGUGUUGGAAAAAGAAAACGGGUUGUAUGAUGUCAAUGUACUCCAUCCCUACUCCACCGGCAUUAAGAAUUGCACUUCGGCUGCAGUUCGCUUUGUUUUUCUUUACCACUGUCGUGUUGCGCUGCCAACCAUUAUUUUGUGUGUGAGAGAAAAAAACUCAGAAUAUGAUGAAUAUUUAUUCUGCAAUCCCUCAAAGAACACGCAAUGGGGAGAAGGUUAACUUAUUUUGUUUCUGUCUUAUUUUACUCUUCUCUUUGAUGUUUAUUCCUCACUCCUUAUUUUUAAAAAAAAAAUCUAUAUUUUAUGGAUUAUUGUUAAGGGUCUUUUUUUUUUUCUUUCUGUUUUUUGCGGGGUGGGUGGGAGAGGGGUUAAGAAAAUGUAGCCAUUAUUUUGUUUUCAUUUUUUUUUGCUGUUUUAUUCAAUGGACACUUGAAAUGUAAUUGGCCCUAAGCUGCUCCUAGUGCUGAGCCUCGCCUGUUUAGAGUCACCAGCCUUGUCUAGGGCUGACUCCCCAGCCACACACCAGGCCUGUGAGGAGCAUCACAGACCUGAAACAGCAGCACAGGCUGAACCUUUAUACCCAUUCUGCUGUCGCAAGGUGAAAUGCUCUCGACUUUGUUUCCGGGUCUGUGCUGAGGGGAGCUAAUUCUGCACAAGACUCACCCAUAGCCAAGACUUUACUGGCAAAUAUUGAGCCGGCUGCUACGUAAUAAAAGGGGUCUAAAACUCCGCUUUCCUCUAUUAGGAGGAUUGUAGUCUCUAUUAGACUUGUUUUAGUUGACAAAAUGUGUCUUACAUUUACAACUCCUCCGACUGAGGAUUUAAAGAAAUAAAAACACAAAAGAACAAAACCUUUGGUUUCUCUGAUGGACAUCGUUACGGUGUAGAGUUCGACAUGUACGCUCUUUGCGGAGCUCUGUUGAGGUUGUUGGACUUGGCACUAAAUCAGAAAGUCACCACUUUUGGUGCUCAGAUAUUAAAAAAAAAAAAAAUGCCAAAACCACCUCAGAACACCUCAGUGUCCUCUCUCUUUAUCUCUUUCUCUCUCUCUCUGUGGGGGACAGUUUACAUUUAUUCUGCCCCGUUUUAAGUUAUUACCUUUAUCUGAUCUUUGUUUCUGCUUUCUUCUUAUGUUGGUUUUAUGAAACUGCACUGCUGACACAACAAAGGUCUCAGUGUUUUGCGACAAAUGAAUUUCUCUUCUUGUUCAGACCUCGAUCAGUUCUUUGCAGUGUUUUAACCUGCUCACACAGUACACAAUGUUGUGUUUUACUGUGAUGGGACAAACUGAGUGUUUAUCACAAAAUGUGUGUCAUUUUGUCCCACAUGGUAAAAUGCUCAGAUGCGAGACGAUUCCAGGACGGGUUUAAAAAAAAAAAAAAAAAACCAACUAAAAGAACUGGUUUUACUGAGGCCAGGUCUGUCCUCACUCAUGUGAGUCUACUAUGUGUGUGUGUGCAUGGGUGUAUGUGUGUGUGUGAUCUCUGUGUUCUUACUAAAGCUGAGCUUUAGAAAGGCACCUAGUCCAUGACUAGUCUGCACAGAUGUCAGUGGGCUGUUUGCCACUUUGAUACUCAGUAAAUAUCACACUUCUGAAGGCUGUUUGUCAUUUAAAAAAAAAAAAAAAAAGGCAAGCUCUCCAGUGCAAGACGCAAAAACAAAAGAUGUUCAGUCCAGUGCAGAAUAGUCCUGGAUCAGUUGAUUGAGAGGUCUGACAAAACAUUUCUGGCCAUGCUGCAAAAUUCAUUAGCAUAUCCUCAUCACAAAGUUGUAUUUUUACCUCUGUGUUUAAGGUUUCAAUGGUGGUUAGGGGAGAGCUUGGCCAGAAGUGCACCAGCCCCGUGAAGUGGAAGUUGCAGUGUCCUUUGUAAAACCCCACUCCACUCUGGUGUCAGUCUCUCAGGGGGUUGAUUUGAGCAAACGGGUCCACAAAGUCAAGUUAGCCCAACCAAACAAGCAGUCCCAAGUGCAGUAGGGAGCCCUCCUGUUGUUCUGAACCUGUGGCCAUCCUUUGUAAAACAUGCACUCUGAUGAUGAUUCUAGCUGUGUAAGUUGAUGAUGCAAUACUUAAAAUAAAAACACCAAGAUUUUCAAACCUGAA